UUGCGUUCUGAAUAGCUUUGUCCCAUCCCACAGUCACAUACAACAUAUCCAAGAUGCUUCUGUCCACGCUCUUCCUCGCCACUGGCGCUUCUGCCCACGUCGCUGCCUUUGUUAAGGGCAUGUACUGCGAGAACGGCCCCGACCCCAACAAGCCCAACCCUAACGCCAACGACCCCGUGAACCCCCUCUACAACCUCUCCAAGGACCAGUGGUGGAUGCAGAAGGUCUCUGGCUGCCUGAACAACCCUCCCAAGGACGGCGCCUCUGUUGCUCUUCCCGCCGGUGGCCAGUUCACUGUCGAGCUGUCUCACAACCAGGCCCAGACCAGUCUCUCAUACAACGGCCAGUACGCUGGCGAGUGGCCCGACGGCAAGGACCACCCCCAAGACUGGCGUGGUCCUGGUAACCCUCCUGACUGCAUUCAGGAUGACGGUGCCCUGCACACCCACGACCAAUCUACCACUGCUGGUACUGCGUGGGCUAUCUCCUACGAGUCGGACUUGAGCAAGGUCAACAUGGAGAACCUCGUCGUCUUCAGUGUUCUUGAGCACACUCCCUGGAAGCGCCUCGCCACCUACGAUGUCCCCAAGGAUCUCCCAGCCUGCCCGCCUGGCGGCUGCUACUGCGCCUGGCUUUGGGUUCCCGAUGGCUGCGGUCAACCCAACAUGUACAUGGCCAACUACAAGUGCCAUGUCACUGGCUCUACCUCGAACAAGAAGCUUGCAAAGGCCCAACCCCCCGUCUACUGCAAGGACGACCAGUCCAAGUGUGUUAAGGGUGCUAAGCAGAUGGUUGCCUGGAACCAGGCUGAAGGAAACAACGUUCAGACUCCCAACGGCGCUUCCCCCAUGUACAACCGCGUCAUGGGCUUUGCUCCUGGUGCUCAGAACGACAUUUUCCAGUAAAUGGAAACACCAUUCAGCUCUGUAAAUAUAUAGCUAUGCAGUCCAUGACUAUAAUGAAGAAUUCACUGCUACACGUUUGUUCUAAUGAUGAUGCAUAGUUUGUGAGUUUGCUUAUGAGUUUCUACAACAGGCAAUUGAAUUAUUCGUGCUAAUUGGCACACACACACCGGCGUCGUCGUUUGAAUCAUUGCUCG